AAACGAAAUAGCAACGGUUUCAGUUCCUACCAUAUGUCUGUAGAUCAAUACCAAUGAAUGAACCUUUUUUUCAUUCCUGUGCAAUUUUUUUUCUGAAUUUUUCAUACAAAGAACAGCUUUCUUUAAGUUAUACAAUUUAAAUUAUUCCUGCCUUAAUAGCCCUAUUUGCAGACUUGCUUCCUUCAUUCUUUAGUAUUCCAAGUACGUUGGUUCAUUGUUUGAAUCGUUUCCAGAGUAAGACGUAUUCUUUUGUCACCUUUUUUCAUAGUUUAAAGAUUGUUCAAAUUAUAAACGACGAGCUUUUCAUGUCAUGUCGGUAACUACACAUUCUGCAAAUGCAGUAUCGAAAUCACCACCACUGCCUUCAUCGUUUGCUCCCGCUCAUGCUUUUAAAGAAGAAGUGAAUCCCUCUUCUACUGUGCUCUCUUUUUGCUUAUUCCUCUCAUACCUAGGCUCUGUAACUGGGAUAUCGAGUUAUGCACUCUUAAGGUAUUACGUACGCCCUAGAUGGCUUCAAUUGCUCGCUGUACGGCAUGCCUAUGUGAAAUCCACCUUGACAAAGCUAGAACAUGUUUCAGCAAAAGCAAAAGAGAUAGAAAAGAAAACAGCUACUUUACAAUCAAACCACGACUUGUGGGUUAGAACAAAGGUUGCUAAAAGUCGGAUAUCUACACUAAAAAUUGUUGCACAAAAGAAAGAAGAACAAAUACCAGCAGAAGCAUCUCUAAACCUAAGUCUACAGGGGUUCAAAGAUAUUUUGAAUGCUGAAGUUGGCAACUUUCUUCCUUUGUAUAACCCUAAAAGCAUUCCAGCUGAUCCUAUAUCACAAUUCCAUGAUGAUCUUUGCAAUUACAAAAGGCUUCAUUUGUCUAUCUCAUGAGAUAAUCAUUUUUCCAAAAAAUAACUAUGCAAUUCAUUAAACGCCAAUUAAGGAUCGAUAGUUCGGGGAAGCAUCUUGAUACUUAUUAAUAAAAUACUCAUCCUUAUGCUGUACGAGAUAUCUAGAUUAAUUGUCAGUCAG